UACUUUUGUUAGAUCUUUUCCGCAUUUCCAACUAAUACUGGGUUUUCCUAGCUCCAUAGUCUAUAUUGCGAUCCAUCAUUUAUCAUUUCGAAAACCCAGCGCUGCAAUUAGUCUGCCACUUGUUGCUACCGUUUGGGGCUAAUCACGCGCCACUUAGGUGUCGAAUUCAGAUCCGAUCCGAUUCCACUCCGAUUCCAUUCCGACUCCGCAGACGCCAAGUCUACGUGGGCACCGUGCCCCUCCGCACUAUAAAAGAUAUCGGGGUAUUUGUGGGCCGUUUCAGUUGCUCGCAGUUCGCAGUGGCAACAGCAUCAUAUAGAGGCCAACAUAUCUCCCGUACAUUCGCGCCGGAUGAAUUAUGUAAAAUCGAAAACGCCGUGAAUCUCAAUACAAAGACACACGCGUCCGCGGGAAUCCAAUUAAGUUAUUAGUAAUAUUAGAACAAUCACAUCUGCGAUCUGCAACAAUGCAGCCGAAUGCCUUUCACAAGCUUUUGUUACUACUGCCGCUCGCCUAUCAGCAUACAUCAAAUGAUGAUCAUAAAGACGAAUCGCACUGGAACUACGAGACGAACGGACAGAACUGGGGAGGAAUUUGCUCAUCGGGCGAAAGCCAGUCACCCAUUUCAUUAAACGUCCAAAAAUCGCUCAUCGUCCCACUGCCGCGGAUCGUCUUCGGCAACUAUGACGUAAAGCUGAGGGGACCGCUCACCCUGCACAACAAUGGACAUACAGCUCACGUGGAGAUACCAGAAACUGCUAACGGCAACAAACCCUUCAUAACCGGGGGUCUGCUCAAGGGCAGAUUCGUGGCCGAGGCAUUCCACUUCCACUGGGGAUCCCCGAUCUCCCGCGGAUCCGAGCACUCCAUCAACCAGCAGCGAUUCGACGUGGAGAUGCACAUUGUCCACCGAAAUGCGAAGUAUGGAGAUAUCGAUGAGGCGAAAAACAAGAAAGAUGGCAUUGCUGUUAUUGGAGUCAUGCUGAAAAUAGCGAAGAAUCCCAAUCGCAUAUUUCCGGGAUUGAGCAAAGUAAUGAGUGCGUUGCCGCGAGUGACGAAGUACAACGCAAAGACGACCAUUCCGGGCGGACUGAGUCUGGGCCAGAUGCUUGGAAACGUGAAUCCGCGGGACUUCUUCACCUACCGCGGAUCCCUGACCACGCCCCUUUGCGAGCAGUUUGUCACCUGGACGGUGUUCUCCCAGGUCCUGCCCGUGCCCUAUUCGUCGGUGUCGAAGUUCUGGAAACUGCGCGACUCCGAGGGGCACAGGCUGAUCAACAAUUUCCGGGACAUCCAGCCGCGAAAUGGGCGCCCAGUGUUCUACAGGAUCGGAAAGGAUCUGAGUGGGGCCUACCUGGGAAAGUGAUGCUACUGUAGCUAGACUUAAGAUACGUAUUUAUUAUAGUUUCUAAGACAAAUAAAUUAUUUCAUCUGUUGUAA